UGUGCUGCUAUUGCGGUGUACGCAGCCUCUCCAACAAGCCCCACGGUGCCCUGCUCCUGCACAGCCUCUCUCCUCGAUUUACAAACACGCAUGACGAAUUUAUGGUUGUUUCUUUACUGUUAAAAACAGAGAACCAAACUGUAUACGUGAAAAAAGCGGAGACUACAAUUUUACGCACGACGUCCUCGGAUGAACGGACAUUAACUGCGGCUUGGAAACAGGGACAAACCGUGAUUGUUCUGAGGUGCAUUCCUUCAGUAGUGUAAUCUGGUCUGAAGUAGUGGGUAUACUGUGAGACGCUGCCCCCAGCCCCAGGCACAAACGUUUAUAUAUCCACAGCUACCAGGAGUGGCCAUGGGGCCUAGGCAGGCCUCAUUUCUAGUUCAGCCUGUGCUGGCUGUAUCGGUGCUCAUUAUUAGUGUGUGCUGUCUAAACCCGGAUGACCCCAACGUCUGCAGCCAUUGGGAAAGCUAUGCAGUGACUGUGCAGGAGUCUUACGCACAUCCUUUCGACCAGAUCUACUACACCAGAUGCACAGACAUCCUCAACUGGUUCAAGUGCACCAGACACAGGAUCAGCUACAAAACGGCAUACCGGAGAGGGGUGCGGACUAUGUACCGUCGCCGCUCCCAGUGCUGCCCAGGCUACUUUGAGAGUGGAGACUUGUGUGUCCCUCUGUGUACUGAAGAGUGCGCUCAUGGCCGCUGUGUUUCCCCUGAUACGUGUCAGUGUGAGCCAGGAUGGGGAGGACUAGACUGCUCCAGUGGCUGUGAGAGUGGCUACUGGGGACCUCAUUGCAGUAACCGCUGCCAGUGUCAGAACGGAGCCCUGUGUAACCCCAUCACUGGGGCCUGUGUCUGCACUGAUGGCUACCAGGGCUGGAGAUGUGAGGACCCCUGUGAGCCUGGCUACUAUGGCAAGGGAUGCCAGCUGCAGUGCCAAUGUCUUAACGGUGCCACCUGUCACCAUGAGACAGGCGAGUGCAUCUGUGCCCCUGGAUAUAUGGGUGCUGUCUGUGGUGUGCGUUGUCCCUCCGGCAGUCACGGGACCCAGUGUGAGCAGCGCUGCCCCUGCCAGAAUGGUGGAACCUGCCACCACAUCACUGGAGAGUGCUCGUGUCCAGCUGGCUGGACUGGGUCUGUGUGUGCCCAGCCCUGCCACUUAGGCAAAUAUGGAAUCAACUGCAGCAAGGACUGCUCAUGCCGUAAUGGGGGACUGUGUGACCACAUCACUGGGCAGUGCCAAUGUAUGGCAGGUUACACUGGCCGCAGGUGCCAGGAGGAGUGUCCUGUCGGGACAUACGGCCAGCAGUGUGCCCUCCAUUGCGACUGUCAGAAUGGGGCUAAGUGUAACCACAUCAACGGUGCCUGUCUGUGUGACACAGGCUUUAAAGGACCUCACUGCCAAGAGAGAUUCUGCCCCCCACAGUUCUAUGGGCUUAUAUGUGACAAAUACUGCCCUUGCAAUUCUACAAAUACUUUGAGCUGUCAUCCUCUGACAGGGGAAUGCUCCUGUACAUCAGGGUGGACUGGUCUAUACUGCAAUGAGAUGUGUCCUCUGGGUUACUACGGUGAGGGCUGCAGCCUGAAGUGCCAAUGUGCUAAUGGAGCAGACUGUCAUGGGGUCACUGGGGCCUGCAUCUGUGCACCUGGCUUCACCGGAGAUGACUGCUCCCAGACAUGUCCGUCUGGAUUUUAUGGAACUAACUGCUCAUCUGCCUGUCACUGCCAUAAUCAAGCCUCCUGUUCUCCCAUUGAUGGCUCCUGCAUAUGCAAAGAGGGCUGGCAGGGUGUGGACUGUUCCAUCUUGUGCUCCAGUGGAACAUGGGGUCUCAGCUGUAACCAGACCUGUAUGUGCUUAAACAGGGCCGCCUGUGACCCCAUCGAUGGCUCUUGCUCCUGCGCAUCAGGCUGGACGGGCAAGUACUGCCAGCUCCCUUGUGCUGAUGGCACCUAUGGGCUGGAGUGUCGGGAGCACUGUGACUGUAAUCAUGCCAACAGAUGUGAUCCCAUCAGUGGCUACUGCCUCUGUUUGGCAGGAUGGACUGGUAUCCAUUGUGACAAUGUCUGCCCUCAGGGCUUCUGGGGGUCAAACUGCUCUAUGACCUGCUCGUGUCAGAAUGGAGGCUCAUGCUCCCCUGAGGAUGGCACCUGUGUGUGCGCUCCAGGCUACCGUGGCACAUCCUGCAAAAGAUUCUGUUCUCCUGGGUUCUAUGGGCAUCGCUGCAGUCAGACAUGCCCGCAGUGUGUGCACAGCACUGGCCCAUGCCAUCAUGUUACAGGCCAGUGUGAAUGCCUCUCUGGAUUUUUUGGCCCACUGUGCAAUGAAGUGUGUCCCAGUGGCAGGUAUGGGAAAGCUUGUGCUGAAGUGUGUCUCUGCUUGAACAACGGCACGUGCAACCCUAUUGACGGCUCCUGCCAGUGCCUCCCCGGCUGGAUUGGAGACGACUGCUCACAGGCAUGUCCCAUAGGGCAGUGGGGUCCUGACUGCCUCAACUCAUGCAACUGUCACAACGGAGCCCAGUGUAGUGCCUAUGAUGGAGAGUGCAGGUGCAGCCCUGGCUGGACGGGCCUUUACUGCACACAGCGCUGUCCAUCAGGUUUCUAUGGGCGUGACUGUGCUGAGGUGUGUCGCUGUCAGAAUGGUGCAGAUUGUGAGCACAUCACAGGCCAGUGUACCUGUCGCACAGGCUUCAUUGGUAGCAGCUGCGAGCAAAAAUGCCCUCCUGGGACCUUUGGCUACGGCUGUCAGCAGCUGUGUGAGUGCAUGAACAAUGCCACCUGUGACUAUGUGACUGGAACCUGUUAUUGCAGUCCUGGAUACAAAGGAAUUCGCUGUGAUCAGGUGGCCCUGAUGAUGGAGGAGCUAAACCCCUACACUAAGAUCAGUCCAGCCCUGAGCUCUGAGCGCCAGUCAGCUGGUGCCGUCAUGGGCAUCAUCUUCCUACUCCUCAUCAUCAUGGCCAUGCUUAGCCUGUUUGUGUGGUACAGACAGAGGCAGAGGGAGAAGGGUCAGGACAUGCCAAGUGUGUCCUACACACCAGCCCUGCACAUCACCAACACUGACUACUCACUCUCUGACACAUCUCAGAGCAGCAGUGGUCAGUGUUUCUCCAACCCAAGCUACCACACCGUGGCCCAGUGCAACAUAACCUCCUCCAACACUAACAAUCUGGAUGGCACUCUAACUCUGAAGAAAGGGAAUAGGAGCAACUCAGAAUGGAGAGCGUACUGCAAUCUAAAUGACCUUGGUGUGUCACGAGAGGAUACUCUGAUACUGCAGGACAACAAAACCACUCAAGUUGCUAAAGACUAUAUCAAGCCAUCCAUGUGCAGCUCCAGUUCAUGCUCUCUGAACAGUGAGAAUCCAUAUGCUACCAUCCGGGACCCACCAGGUCUGGCCUGUAAGCACACAGAGAGCAGCUAUGUGGAGAUGAAGUCUCCUGCACACAGGGACCUGACCUUCUGCACCAGCACUAACACUAACACUCGCACCUCUGCAAGCAGGAACAUCUAUGACAUGGAACCCACAGUGAGUGUUCUACAGGGACCCAAUGGCCUGGCAACUGGUUUCUCCCAGAACCCUUACGACCUUCCUAGGAACAGCCACAUCCCGAGCCACUACGACAUCCUGCCCAUGCGCCACAGCCCCACACACACCCCGCCGCCCACUGAGAGUCCUCCCAGCUCCCUGCUGUAGAACCCAGACCUGAGCCUACCUCUAAACUACAGCAAGCACCACCUGCAUCUGCAGGACCUCCUCCUUAUCUUUUUAUUUCAUCAAAUCUUUCUAUCUCUUUCCCACAUACACAGACCCAGAUACAUGACAAGAUGGCUAUAAAUGCUGUAAAGUGUUGCUUAAUUGGUGUGUGUCUACAUGUGUGUGUAGGACAACAGAUGGCUAAGAAAGGAUUGUACAGAGAACUGUAAAGAUAUUAGCAACUACUCACUUCUCUUCAUUUGGUUCCCUGGAGGAUAAAAGGAUUUAAUUAAGAAGGCCAUACUGAGAAGAAAAAAAAUAUCUUGCAUUCUGUAUCUAAUUGUGUAUAUCGCAGCAGACGACCGGACUAUUAAGGCACUGUUGUGUUGAAGAGUUUCCAUACAAAUGAGCUUUCUUCAAUUAUAGAAGGAACAUAGUCUCAGUGAUAGCUUAAGCAGGGGGAGAAGUUGACCCAAUCACCUGUCCACUGAAGCAAUCAGGGACUGAAAGGUGAAGUGUCACUACUAACCAUGACUAUUUAAAGAGUACUGAACAGACCUUAGUGAGAAAGCAUGGCUUAAUAGUAAACGGUUAAGUAGUAAGACCAUUUAGUUUUUACCGUAUAAAGACAAUUAUCAAUAAGAGUUUUUGAGAACCAUUAGUUUUUCUUCUUAACACCAAGAGUAUAAUUAUUUAAACAUUUCAGAAAGUAUUUUAAAAUCUGCUGAGGUGGAACACAUCUCUUUAUAAAAGAUGUAUGAAAGAAACAGCAGCUUGGUAUAUAUACUGUGUAAUGUCCUAAAUUCCACUAGUCUAUAUUAAACUGCUGUUUCAUCCAAAAACAUUUAUGGAUGGUUAUAUAUCAAGUUUGCAGGUGUGAUGUCAUGUGAACGUGUAUUCAAGACUGUGUAAUAUAAUGUUCUUUUUUUUUAAUAUAUAUUCUUUAUUUCUGUUUAUAUUCUUGAAUCUCAAAUGGUUGGCUUUUAAGACAUCUUUGGUUUUUGUGUUUAUUUCUAACUUAGUUGACAAAGUAGCAGUUUUGUUUUACAUAAAGAUGUAAAGUUUAAAUAGAAAACUAUAGCAUGAGCAAAUUAUAUCAAAUGCUUAAUUCAUUUCUUGUACCAUUCAUGCACAGAGGUACACAAUGUAAGUUAUCAUUUGUGUCUAAGUAGAUGCAUUACAGUGGGCAGUGAUCACCUCCAUGUCGUUUGGAGUCGUUACCAUAUCGUUAUAUCGUCCUGAAUCCUGUUUCAUAUGAAGUUCAGUUUGAUAAUACUGAUUGCUUGGGGGUUUUUUUGUGCAGUGCUCUAAAGACUCACUAAAGCAAUAACCAGCAGACAAUCACACACAGCAACAAAAGUGCAGUUUAUCCAGCCGUACACAGCAAGUUUGUGUGCUUUAUCCCUGUUUGUGAAACAAUACUGAUUUGAUCUUUGUUUCAUUUCAUUUCAAAAUAAAGCUUACAGAGAAUAGGUUUGAUUUAACAGUAGCACUCAC